AUGGCUCCAGGACAUGACUCUUCAAAAGAGGUGUUGCUGGAUAGAGCGUUGACUGGGGUCCAGGAUUACUUGGAUGGCAAUAUCGACCAGACGCAACUUAGAGAGACAGUAGAUAAAUUUGAGAAGCUAUCGGAGUAUGAGCAACUACCGACUGUUCCAAUCUCAUCGCUCUCUCUCAAGGAAAUUGAGAAAGUCCUUGGGUUGAAAUUUGAUCGCAAGGACCAAGAACUACAACAUGUGCCUGAACUCCAACUACCUCCAAACCUAGUUAGAACACUAGAACUAAUUGACCGGGCCUCUGGGCGUAGUCCUCAAAGCGAAGUCAGCAUCCGCUGGGUAAUCAACGCUCUACUCCUCCACGCACAUGAAAUAGCGACAACUGAUCAUCCGAAUACCCAACCUCUGAACAUUCAGAUGGAGAAAACCUAUACGCAUAGCCCGGUGACCUGGAAGAAGACAAAGGUCAAGUUGUCGGUCUGUCCAUAUUACAAAAUCUGGUGCGGAGAGGACGGCGAAGACAUCUGCCUCAACGUCCUGAUUGUCAAGGCAAGAAAUCUUGAUAUUGAAUCCGGGGUGGCGCAAGCCCUGGGUUCUAUGGGAUGCAUACAUCGGAAGCGUAAGAUCGCAAAGCGAGACGCCACGGUAUAUGGUAUGGCUUCUAACGGAACAUCAUUUUCUUUCCUGAAGAUAUCAAAUGAUUCAAAGUGGUCCAAGUAUGUGCUCAGUGUGAGUACAGGGAACCUCGAACAGCCCCUUGGCAUCCUUGUGUAUAUGUUUCGCAAGGCGAUAAUGCCACCCACUCACUCAAAAAAGCCUUCCCUACGACGGGCGAUCUAUACCAUUGUGGACUUACUUCUGAUUGGCUUUCAUUGCCGGUGGGAAAAGCAAGAAUCCUCCAAACCAUACGAA